CGUCCCGCCGACGGCGCCUGCGCAGAGCCAAACGUUGGCGCCGCUGAGAGAGGGCUGCCCGGCCGCGGCGAUGGGGGCGGCGGCGGCCGAGGCCGAUCGGACCCUCUUCGUGGGGAACCUGGACCCCAAGGUCACCGAGGAGCUCAUCUUCGAGCUGUUCCACCAGGCAGGCCCGGUAAUUACGGUUAAAAUCCCCAAGGACAGAGACGGCAGGCCGAAGCAGUUUGCGUUCGUGAAUUUCAAACAUGAGGAAUCCGUCCCGUACGGAUUGAGCCUGCUCAACGGGAUCAAACUGUACGGAAGGCCCAUCAAAAUCCAGUUCCGAUCAGGGAGCAGUCACGCAUCUCAAGAUGGCAAUCCAUUGUGUUCCCCUCACGGAGCCGCCAGCACCAGCCUGUCUAGCACGCUGCAUCCGGCUUCAAACUGCAGCAGAUAUGACAGGGGUCCUGACAGCAUGGUAGCAGCGGGAUUCACAUCAUCACAGCGGUCUCUGCCGCUUGCUGAGAACCUUCAGAGACAAGCGGUGAUGAACAGCACCAUGUGGCAGCAGCCCCCGUUCGGGGGGAAGUAUGAGCAGCCUGGCUUUGCCCUGCCUGGCUACCAGCAUGCUCCUCAUGGCUUCCACCCCUUGCCAGCCUCCCAAAUGCCACGGCGCCCAGAGAUGCCUGUGUCACGCAAGGGCAGGCUGAGCGCCCACCCCUACCACCUGGACGGCAGGCACUUUGGUCGUGAGCAGCGCUUUGGGGACCGGGGCCCUGACUACUGCAGGGGCAAGAGGGAGGAGUACGGCUUUGAGGAGAGGGGGCACGAUGCUGGUGCCGAGCAUCACUUCAGGGCAGGCAGAGAGGAACCUGGCUAUGACGACAGGCACGGUGAUGGCUGGAACCAUGACUACCGGAGGGAGAGCUACAGAGACAGAGAGGCCAAGUGGCACCCGGCGCGGCAUUAACGCCUGUGCGGCAGGCUUCAAAGAACUUGACAGCAGAGAAUGCUCAAUCUGUUUCUUACUGAGUACACAUAUAAAAAAAUACCGACCAAUCCAUCAAAGUUACCUUUUAAUGUUUGUAAAACUACUAAUGGCGUAGCCCUCCAAAACUAGCAUCUGAAUUUUAGGCGUGUUAACUCUGUACCUCAGGGCUUUUUGUGGGGAAAUGACCCGAUGUGCUGCCGUUUCGGAGAAACCGUACUGCAGGGAAGCAGCUGUUGAUGCUUUUGCAGUGGGGUGGAAGGGGGCCAGUCUGUACCAGCUGUGGGGGUAACCCCCUUUUAAACGGAGGUGGGACGGGUGCUUUCUGCCAUCUUAAAAUAUUUCGCACGGCAUUUUUGAUACAGAAAAUGUGAAUGUUCCUUAGAGAAUUAAAAGUCUCCCUGGAAGAAAGCUCA